AAUGCAAAUAUUUCUUAUACAUAUUUACUUUACAUACAAAUCAUUAAAUAAUCCAUAAUUAUUUCUUUAUACAGGGAAAUUCAAUAUAUGCAGAGAUUCCACCAGAUGCAAUUGAUGUCUUAAAGCCACAUCUACAAGAAAAAAAGAUUGUAUACAUAUCCAAAAUAACAAUUGAACGAGCUAAACUGGGAUUCAGAGUUGUUGACAAUCCUUAUAUGGUAAAGCUCAACAAGAGAACCAUUGUGCUUGAAGAUAAGGAUGAAAUUCAAGGUUUUCCUAAAUAUACAUUCUCACUAACACCCUUAGAUAAGUUGGACCAAUACAAAAACAAGACCGAUCGUUUUAUAGAUGUCAUUGCUAAGAUCAGUGGAGUAUCAAAUGUAGCAAAGGUUCCUACAACCUCAGGAGAUCAGCAAAUGAGGAGAGUUGUAUUAUUAGAAGACCUUAAGGGAAACAUGAUUGAGCUAUCACUAUCAAGAAAAAGAGUUUUGGAAUUUGACGGAGAUCAAAUUUUAGAUGUGGGUCAGCAACAUCAUGUUAUUGCAAUAUUUGUAGGAACCUUAGUCAAACUUUACAAAGGUGAAUAUACAUUCUUGAGUGGAACAUCAGCAUGUCGGUGGUACAUCAACGAAAAUGACAUUGCUGAAAUCAAGGCUUUCCAGAAAAGUUUGCCAAGUGAACCUGUACCUAUCAAAAAGACCUAUCUCCAAAAUGAUGAUGCAACACACAAAUUUGAGGAGAAAAGUCUAGAACAGCUCAAGCAUGUAGACCCUUUCCUUGACAUGGUAAAUUUUCCUUUGGUGCAAGGACAAAGAUAUCAGUGCACAACUACUAUAAUUGGUAUCACAGAAAACCAAACAUGGUGUUACAAAGCAUGCAAGAUCUGUAAUUCAGCAAUCAUUCAAAAGGAAAAUGGUUAUAAAUGCACAAAGGAAGGAUGUCCAUCUACACAAUUUGAAUGGAAGUACAAGAUACCAUUCAUUGCAAGUGACCACACCUAUAAUCUAGAGUUUAUGUUCUUUGAAAAAAAGGGAAUGGAGCUUAUAGGAAAGAGUGCAUCGACUCUUCGAAAACAAUAUGAACCAAAGGAGAUACCACCGGAUAUAACAUCUUGGAUAGGUUAUAAAUUCACUUUUGUUGUUAGAGUCCUAUCAAAGAAAAGUGUCAAGACUAUUGAUCCAUCCUUUGAAGUGCUUAUGAUAAAAGAAAAAUACCAAAAGGAACCUAUUAUAUCAUUUAUCAGCUCAAGUGGAGUUGUACCAGCAGAAUCAUCUUCCUCUACAAUGGCAGAAUACAAGGAAUUACCAUUGCUAAUGCCAAUUACCUCCAAAGACAUAGAAAAAAAGGAGCGAUCCACUUCACAACCAGAACACACCGAAGAAACUCAAGAUAUGGACAUUGAACCAUCUGGCAUUUGGGAAGAAUCUCAGAUUUCAAACAAAAGAAGCUUUGGAGACCCAAACUAUGACAAUCAGGAAACAACUGAUGACAAAGAUGAUCUUCCACAAUUCAAGAAAAUCAAGAGUACCCACUCUCAAGGAAAAAGCAAAAAAUGAUGCAUGAUAGACUAAGAAGACAAAGUAAAGUAGUAGACUUUAAAAGAUCUUGACUAAAGUAAUAUAUCUAUAUUUUCUGUUUCGAUAAACAACGAUAGCGCUAGCACUACAUCUUUUGAUGUAUAUAACCAUGUAGUAUCAAUAGCGCUAAAUCUUAAGCGUGUAGCACCAGCAGCGCUACAUAUUUUGAUGUAUAUAAGCAUGUAGCAUCAAUAGCGCUACAUCUUUUGUUAAAUAUAAGCACAUCUUUUGAUAUA